CUUGUAUUUCUUGUUGGAAUAUUGGCGUAUUGCUUUGCUGAAGCUGCUGCAACAAUUUUAUUUUAUAGCUCAUUGUAUUUGUUAACUGUUAUAUUUGUAACAAUUGGGGUGUAAGUUAAGUCGUCGCCGUGAUGGACAUGACGCAUUCGUGUCGCUGCUGCCUGCGGUGUCCUCCGGACAAGGACCUGACGACGCCGUACAUACAUCUCGGCAAAACGGAGAUUUACGUUGAGAUGUUAAAAGACUGCUUCGAUUUACAGCUCACAUUGGGCGGCGCGGGCUCGUGCGGCAUCUGCUCAGCGUGCGUGGGCCGCCUGCGAGACGCGAGCGACUUCAAGCUGCAAGUGCAGCGCAGCCAGGUGAUGCUGCAGGGCGCUGUAUUUGUAAAAGAGGAGCAUGUGAAGAUUGAGGUGGCAGUUGAUGUCGUAGAAGAUGAUACUGAUUUUGAUGUGUUAGACGAAGAGCCCGUACAGAAAACAGAGUUUGGUGAAGAUGAGACAGGGGAAGUUAUGGACGAAGAUCCUCUAGUGAAGCCGGAGACAUCGGGUAACAUGAUGAUGGAGGAUUUAUCAAAUGCAGCUUCCGACUCCGUGCCUGCCCACGCCAGAGAGCAGCCCGCAGACAUUCGUCCAGUGAAGCUCGAGCGACUCCGCAGCGAUGAGGAAAAUAUAACUAUUCACCCUGAAAAGAAAUCAUACGCCUGUGAACACUGCAGCAAAAGUUUCCCAAACAAGUCUAAUUUAAAUAACCACAAGCAACAGACUUAUUUAAUUUCCAAACUUCCUUGUGAUUUUUGUAGUUUUACAUUCCAAACGAAAUUUCUUUUAUUGGAGCACAAGAAAAGCGAACAUGGUGUUACGAAUUUCAUGUGUGCCGAAUGUGAGUAUACAACGCCUGAGAAAAAAAGGUUGCGAACUCAUUUGAAGAGACACGCUGCCGAAAAACUUUGGAGCUGCCGUCACUGCAGUUACAAAACUCAACAUAGAGGUCAUUUAAAGGAACAUGAAAAGAUACACGCCGAUGAAAAGCCUUACAGCUGUAGCGAUUGUGACUAUAAAUGCAGUCGGAAACAAGAACUAAGACGUCAUCAGUUGAUGCACACAGGUGAAAAGCCAUACACAUGUAGCUACUGCGACUACAAGUGUAGGGAUAAAAGUAACUUACGACGUCACCAGAUGAAACAUACUGAGGCGAAACCUUUUAAAUGUAACCAAUGCGAUUACAAAUGCAGUCGCAAAGAGAGCCUGCAAACACACCAGAAGACGCAUACCGACGAAAAGCCGUUUAAAUGUAAAGAUUGUGAUUUCAAAUGUAAAAAUAGUGCGAACUUACGACGUCAUCAGUUACUGCACACUAAGACAAAACCUUAUCAAUGUAGCCACUGCGAUUACAAAUGUAUCCAGAAACGACGACUAAUGGAUCACCAAAGGGUUCACACAGGUGAGAAACUUAACAAGAAUUACGAGUGCAGUCAUUGCGACUACAGGUGUAGACGAAAGGACCAAUUACAAAAGCACCAAAAGAUACAUUGAAUAGUUUUUAUAUUUAUUUUGUACCUGUGACAAUUAUUUAAUUUUCAGUUUAUUUAUGUGGUUACGUUAUUACUAGUUAGACCAAGAAAAGUCAGGGACUUCCGGUUCGAACGCCAUCUUGAUAGUAGCCUCGUGAUUAUUUCCUUUGUUUUUUGCUCAUUAAUAUUGUUUAAUGUGUAAUAUCGAUAGCUUUAUUAUAUAGUAAUCUAAUGUGGUAGUGUGCAGUGAAUGGAGAAUUAAUCUCAAAGCGUGUUUAACCACCAUUUUGGAGUCAACGGCCGGUAGUCCACGUGCUUCUCGUAAAAUCCAGCUAUCGGUUUUACGAGACAACUACAACAACCACCGAACAACGUCGUGCUCUAAGAGCAUUUGGUAUUUCUACCUCCAACCGUGUCUGGCUAGAGCCCUAGAGGCCCAUAAUUUUAUUGUUUACCGUACACUGGCUAUGGCCGAUGGCCUAUAUGUUUUAAUCAAGAAAUAUUAAUUCAAUCCCACGUGGAUCCCACUUUGACGUUGGCGAAAUCAUCGACAGUAUCGAUGGAGCCAUACUACCUGAAAAAUUUAAUUGAAGAAAAGUUUGCAGAGAUUUUGACAGCACACGCAGUGCCAGUGUUAUUUAUACGUCAUAAUUUCAUCGAAGUUUGACGUUUAAAAUAACAUCUGCAACUCUAUAUGUAUUUUAGGAAUGUUUUUUUUUUCCUGUUCAUGGCUUCUGCUCCUCGCUAAGUUUAGCAAGGUAGAUUCUGCUAAUGUCCCGGUACAUUUUAAACUGUAAAACGGUUGAUUGUGACACUUACUAUUAUAACAUCUGUAAACUAACUUACACAAUCUGACUAUAAAUGAUUACUUACUUAGACAUAUAAAAUUAAUUAGACCGCCAAAGAAGUUCCUUAUCGUGAGACCGAGACGCCGCUACUUGGAACUCUUUAGUUACUGGCAAGCAGCGACUGAUUGUAUUCGAUUUGUUUAGUUUAAAGCGAAUUUGUGCUUCGAAUCUGACAUCUAUACGUAUACGUACCUAUUUGAUAUUUCAAAUUCUAAAUUGAAAAUUGUGCUUGUUAUUUUCCAAAUUCUAAAUUAUGCUUGUUAUAUUUUUAAUCGUGCUUGUGGAA